AUGGAUGUCGUAGAAAUCGCAGCGGUUUGUGGUCGAUGCGAUUUUUAUAGUAGGGCGACGACAAAUAAGCAACUACCAUUUUGGAUUACUUUCAAUUUCAUUCUACUACGCGAUCAGCAGACUAUCGAUCACUACACCGUAGCCAACUUUACUACUACUGCCAAACAACAACUUGACUUGGUUCUAUACGACUCACUCCUCGGUUCAAAAACAACAAAACAACUAUCAGAGCUCGAGAGAGAGAGAUAUACAUCAUAUCAUUUAUAUAUAUCAACAAUGAAGAAAAAGGAUGAAUUAGAUUCACUUGGUGGAGGUGAUGACGGUGGCGAAAAGAGAAAGCGCCAUGCCAUCAGAUACACCGAGUCGGAUGUCAAUGCACUGAUUCAGUUGAUUCCCCUGCAUGACGGCAGCGCCGACGCCAUCCUGAAAAUCCCACCAUUUGACGACGGGCGUUACACCAAGCGUCAGCUGUACGACAAGAUCCGUUCACUUGAGCGCGAUGGCCGUGUACUAGACUCCAAACAUAUACAUCAAUCCAACAACAAUAACAACAACAAUAUAGAUGAUGGAUAUGAUGAAAAUUCCAAUUAUUCUUCCAAUGGAGCAGAUGAUCAUGAUGAUUUUGGCGGUGACCAGGACAUUGCCUUUGAUGAAAAGGAUGAUGACGAUAAACUUGACAACACCAAAUCAAUGAUUCAUUCGUCACAUGGCACACGUGCAUCGUCUAGGGCGGCAGUGGCCACUAUUGCGGCUGUUUUUGCCGGUGGAGACUCGACGAGCUCCUCUACAUACUCAUCCGACUCAUCCUCUCCCAUGUCGUCGCCCAUCAGGAACCACCACAACCACCAAGACGAAGAAAUUGUACAGUUACAAACCGCAACCCUCUCUAAAAAACUGGGUCGCAUAGCCAAAAAAGCGAGCAUCCAUCCAUCUCUAUUACAACUCCCACACCAUCAUUCCAACAACAACAACAAUCAACAACACAACCAACAACAGCCGUCACAAGCCUACGCACCCAUUCCAAAAUCACAUCAGACCACACCCAAGCAGCAAUCUCUUGGACCUAUUUCACCCCCAUUUUCAAGAAGCAAACUAUCAUCACCCAAUCCACAAUCACCAUCACAAUCAUACUCUUCUUCAUCCUCUUUGUUGUCUGCCAACUCCAUGUCAACCAAUUCAUUAUCAAGUGGUGGUGGUAGCAGUGGUGGCGGUCACCUACGUAAAAUACCGUCCAUGUCGUCAUCCAGCAAUCCAACUCCAUGCCUGCCAAAUAAUUCAAAUCAUCAUCAUAUAGGCCAAGUGACAUCACCUCAAAAUAUAAAUACUAACCAACACAUCAACCAAUUUCUCCAAUCGUCAUUACUGAGUCGACAAGGUUCCAUCAGUAAUUUACAACAACAAAUCUAUUCGAUUGGAAGCGGCCACCCCUUAGGAUCUCCAUUUUACAAAUUGGAAACUUCAAAAUAUUUAAUCAUCUCUAUGCCAAUAGGUCCAAAUGAAACUAUUAAACCAAUUAUUGAUAAUUCUGGAAAUAUUACUUUACAAAUUACAGCACCAAGUCCUUGGGGAUGGUUAAAAGAGCGCAAGCCUCUUGAUAUUAUAAAGGAGGAUGUUGUAAGAAUAGCAUUCUUCCCACACCCUGGAAAACCAUAUUCAACACCCUACCGUAUCCAAGAUAUCAUUGAUACAUAUAUUGGUUUUAUUUUCGAGGUCGGAGGUGAGGAAUUAACUGUCAAUCUUAGUGAUAUUAUGUAA